UAAGAAGUCAAUCUGAUCUCUUUAAUCAAUUAAGCUGUGCGUUUAUAUAGUGACAAAUGUGCCCAUCGCAGCCUGUCUUGCUCACGCAGAAACAACUGUCACCAAGAUGAACUUCCUGGGCGUGGCUGUCCUCACGGCGUUGGCCGUGGCAUGUGAGGGUGGUGUCAUGAAACCACAACUACAGAAACUCAUUCUGAGAAUGCACAACGAAGCACGGAAUUUACUCAACGCCGGGCGUGUGCCCGGACAACCAAGGGCCACCGGUAUUCCAAACUUGUCUUGGGAUGAGGGUCUUGCCAGGAAGUCGAAGGCAUGGGCGAAUGGAUGUCAGUUCAAGCACACCUCCACAAAGGAGUUUGGCGAGAACCUGUACAUGGAGAUGUCUCAGAAAUCGGAGUCAGACAUUGUGGUGAACGGCUUCCAAGGGUGGUGGAAUGAAGUGGACGACUUCAACUACAACGGUGCCUCCUGCAUGAACACAGCCAGCUGCCACUACUCCCAAGUGAUCUGGGCCGAAACUACAAAAGUGGGUUGCGCAAUGACCAAGUGUAAUAGAAUUCCCCAGUUGCCUGGAGGAAAGAAUGUUCAAUAUCUCGUGUGUUUUUACGAUCCUAAAGGCAACUGGUACGGGGAAAAGCCAUACACACAAGCAUAACCUCCUGAUCUGGAACAAGUGGUCUGAGCUACAUCAUGGGACAGACACACCACAUCUAUCACACUCACGGAUAUGUAUUGGUACUGAGUGAAUGGCCGUUGCAUAUUGUAACUAUGUACACAUCUCAUUUCAAUCUCAUUAAAGAAUGACAAGAAA